UAUGGCUCAAGCAUGCGAACUCGGAAAAGGAUCUGCAGCUUUUGUAAAUCCGCUCGGUUUAGGUUGUAUGGGCAUGAGCGAGUUUUAUGGUGCGUCAGACGAAGAAACAAACAUGGCUGUUUUGGAUCGUGCAUUGGAGCUCGGUUGCAGUUUUUGGGACACAGCCAACGUCUAUGGGCUGGGAAAGAACGAAGAGUUGCUCGGACGCUAUUUUGCCGCGAGAGGAAAUCGCGACAAGGUGUUUUUGUGCACCAAGUUUGGUAUCGUCAGAGACGAGGGUGGAAAAUUCUUGGGCUUCAAUGGAAAACCUGAAUAUGUUCGCCAGUGCUGCGAGGAUAAUCUAAAGCGUCUUGGCGUGGACACCAUCGAUUUAUACUACCAACAUCGGCCGGAUCCUAACACCCCGAUCGAAGAAACUAUGAAGGCUCUGGUAGAGCUGAAAAAUGAAGGGAAAAUUCGGCACAUCGGCCUAUCGGAAGGUGCUGUCGAUGAGCAUUGUGUAGACAGAAUGCGUCGCGCCCACAAGGUCCAUCCUAUCGCCGCUUACCAGGUCGAAUUCUCGCCUUGAACUUUGGAUAUGGUGCAUCCCGUUUAUAAUCGCCAAAAAGUGAACUCUAAUCAAAGAUCAUUAUUUUGUUUGUAGAAAAAAAAGUUAUCAGCCAUCAAAGUUGGCUGCUUUUGCUGGUUUUUGGCUGAGGUGGUA